AAGAACCAUCAAUCCUUCAUUAGAGGGAGAGAGAGCUGAGGUUCUCUCUUCUCUGUAGCAAUGGCGUGGAGAAAAGCUGAGGUCUUCUCUUUCAUCUUCUUGGCUCUUUACUUCCUCUGUGCUGCCUCUAAUGAGGUCUUCUUUGAGGAGCAUUUUGAUGAUGGAUGGGAGGAUCGGUGGGUAGUAUCGGAUUGGAGGAAGCAAGACUACAUGGCCGGGGAAUGGAAUCAUACUUCCGGUAAAUGGAGUGGAGAUUACGAGGACAAAGGUAUCCAAACUACUGAGGAUUAUCGGUUCUAUGCUAUUUCGGCAGAGUUUCCAGAGUUUAGUAAUAAGGACAAGACAUUAGUUUUUCAGUUCUCAAUUAAACAUGAGCAAAAAAUUAAUUGUGGUGGUGGCUAUAUGAAGCUUAUCAGUGGAGAAAUCGAUCAGAAUAACUUUAACAGUGAAAACCCCUACAGUAUCAUGUUUGGACCUGAUAUCUGUGGACGAGACACCAAGAAGAUCGUUCAAGCAAUUCUUUCUUACAAUGGAACAAAUCACUCAUUCAAAAGGAAAGUUUCAUGUGAGAUAGAUCAGCUAACACAUGUUUAUACUUUUAUCAUCAACCCCGACUCCACAUAUAGUAUACUCAUUGAUAAUGAGGAGAAGGCAACAGGAAGCCUCUAUACUGACUGGGAUCUUCUCCCCCCGAAAAAAAUUAAAGACCCUGAAGCCAAGAAGCCAGAUGAUUGGGAUGAAAAGGUGUACAUUUCUGAUCCCGAACAUAAGAAACCAAAGGGAUACGAUGACAUUCCGAAGGUCAUACCUGAUCCAAAUGCUAAAAUGCCUGAGGAUUGGGAUGUCGAGAAAAGAGGCGAAUGGAGGGCUCCAAGGAUUCCAAAUCCUGAAUACAAGGGACCCUGGAAGCAAAAGAAAAUUAAGAACCCAAAUUAUAAGGGUAAAUGGAGGGCUCCUGAGAUCGAUAAUCCAGAAUACAAAGAUGAUCCUGAUGUUUAUGUCUAUCCCAACUUGAGAUAUGUCGGCAUUGAGUUGUGGCAGGUGAAAUCCGGAACUUUGUUUGAUAACAUUAUAAUAUGUGACGAUCCUGAAUACGCGAAAAAACUUGCCGAAGAUACAUGGGGAAAGAAUAAGGAUAUCGAGAGAGCUGAAUUUGAAAAAUACGAGAAAAAGAAACAGGAGGAGGAAACUAGAGUGGAGGAAGAAAGAAAUGAUGAUGAAGAUGAUGAUGAAGAUGGUGAUGAAGACUCUGAUGCUGAUCAGGAGGCAACUCAUGAUGAACUUUGAAGUGAGUUUGAUUAAGACAAUGGAUGAUUAAGACAAUGGAUGGUCGGUCAUUCAACAAGCUCUUGGUUUCAUUUUUGUUUUUCCUUGUUGACAAAAAAUUGGAAAAUGAAUAAGGAUGAUGUCUUGUUGUUGACAUUAAAAUGAAUAAAUUCAUUUUCUCAGUUUUCUUUA